GGCUGGUGUAGUGUCAUUCCCUCCCUACAGCUGAGGGAGCUUCUGUCUUCUGUUAACCCAGCGCUCCUUAUCCCCCCCUCUCUCUCACCCUCUCUCUCUCUCUGUGUUGUCCGCUCGGAGGGCUUUCCGCGGAGCGCCACAGUCUUUAUCCCACUCCCGUCUCUGGCUUUACAGUGAGCCGUGAUCGGCUGCUUCAGAGCAACUUCUGCCUCCCUCGCUCAUCCUUCUUCUCUUGGUUUGCUAUGUCGGCAGAUUUUUCUCUUUCGCUUUUCUUUUUCUUCUUUGACCCCUGGCUUCUAAAGGGGUAACCACAGAGUGACAUCUCUUUUUGGAGUAGUUUUGUGCCCUGGUUUGAGUGUGUGUGAAUGCGAGUGUUUCAGAUUGCUUAAAUGCCUGAGCACGAGUGUGAGGGCGCAUGAGGGGAGAGUGUGAGGGAGAUUGUGUUUGACUCUGUGUGUGUGUGUGUGUGUGAGAGAGAGUAUUUGCUGUAAGAGUGCGCAUGUGCCGUGAUUGACCGCGCACUGUGUGUGUGCCAGUAUAUACGCUUUUGCGGGGGCAUGCCGAUCGGCUUGUGUGUCUCAGACAGUGUGUGUGUUCACGUCACACUGUGACUGCUGUGGUGCAUCUCUGGGGGGAGGAGGAGAAUAGGAUAUGAGCGGGCCUGGGCAGUGCUAGAGGGCCAUGCAGACUCUGAGCAGGCUGCAGACCUGUGGCACUCGUAAGAUGAUGGCCAUGGUCCGCACCUCCCUUCAGAAAGUGGUGGUCUUCCUACACAGGCUCCAGAGAAUGGCCAUCUCAUCCCCACGUUAUCACAAACUCUGCAAGGAUAUCCAGGCAGAGAUCGAUGCCCAUAAUGAUAUCUAUAAGAGUGUGGACGGGAACAGGCCCAAGAUGGUCAAGGCCCUGGGGACCUCUGAGGAGGCAGUGUUUCUGCAGCACCGACUGGACGACAUGAACCAGCGCUGGAGCGACCUCAAGACCAAAUCUGCCAACAUACGGGCUCACCUGGAGGCGAGUGCAGAGCGUUGGAGUCGUCUUCAGAGCCUGCUGGAGGAGCUGUGGAGGUGGAUCUGUCUGAAGGAGAAGGAACUGGCCAAACAGAUGCCCAUAGGAGGAGAUGUCCCCACCCUGCUGCAGCAGCACAACCACUGCAAGGUGUUGCAGUCGGAGCUGAAGGACCGCGAGCAUGUUGUGGCCAAUACACUGGACCAGGCACACACAUUCCUGGCUGACCAGCCCAUCGAGGGGCCGGGAGAACCAUGCAAAAACCUACAGCCCAAAACAGACCUGACUCCAGAGGAGAAGGCGCAGGGUGUAGCCAGGGCCAUCAGGAAGCAGACAGCGGAGGUGCAGGAGCGUUGGGAGCUUCUGCAGGACCACGUGGGUGGAUGGCAGAGUCAGGUAGAAAGGGCAUUUGAGAGGCUACAGGAGCUCCAGAGCAACAUGGACCAGCUGGACCUGUGGCUAGCCAGGGCAGAAGAGACCAAGGCGGCUGGCUGGCAGCCUGUAGGAGACCUGCUCAUAGACUCACUGCAGGAACACAUAGAGAAGACCACGGCUUUCAAGGAGGAGAUGGCCCCUCUGAGGCAGGACGUGCAUGUGGUGAAUAAGCUGUCUGGUGAGCUGGCUCUUCUGGAUGUCCAGCUGUCCUCCUCCUCCUCCAGACAACUGGAUGACCUCAACAUGCGCUGGAAACUACUACAGGUGGCCAUUGAAGAGAGACUAAAGCUCCUUCAGGAAGCCCACAGAGACUUUGGCCCUUCUUCCCAGCACUUCCUAUCCACCUCUGUGCAGCUCCCGUGGCAGAGGGCYGUCUCUCAGAAUAAGGUUCCAUACUACAUCAACCACCAGACUCAGACUACCUGCUGGGACCAUCCAAAGAUGACAGAGCUCACCCAAUCACUUGCCGACCUAAACAACGUGAGAUUUUCCGCUUACAGAACAGCCAUGAAAAUCCGCAGGCUACAGAAAGCACUAGGCUUGGACCUGUUGGACCUGAACGUGGCCCAGAGCACCUUCGAACAACACAAGCUUACCCAGAAUGCCCAGCUGCUGACAGUGCCUGACGUGAUCAACUGUCUGACAUCCAUCUAUGACGGGCUGGAGCAGCAGCACAAGGACCUGGUCAACGUUCCGCUGUGUGUCGACAUGUGUCUCAACUGGCUGCUAAAUGUCUAUGACACUGGACGCAGUGGGAAGAUUCGUGUCCUGUCCAUGAAGAUAGGAUUGCUCUCGCUCUCCAAYGGCCAUCUGGAGGAGAAAUACAAAUACCUGUUCAGUCAGGUGGCAUCGUCAGGGGAUAGGUGUGACCAGAGACAGCUGGGUCUGCUGCUCCAUGACGCUAUCCAGAUACCACGGCAACUAGGAGAGGUCGCCGCCUUCGGAGGGAGCAACAUCGAACCCAGUGUCCGGAGCUGCUUCCAACACGUGACCAAUAAGGUGGAGCUGGAGCCCAGGCAGUUUGUUGAUUGGAUGAGACUGGAGCCCCAGUCUGUGGUGUGGCUUCCUGUGCUACAUAGAGUGGCGGCUGCUGAGACCGCCAAGCACCAGGCCAAGUGUAACAUCUGUAAAGAGUGUCCCAUUGUAGGGUUCAGGUAUCGCAGUCUGAAGCACUUUAACUACGACGUGUGUCAGAGCUGCUUCUUCUCUGGACGAACCGCCAAGGGCCACAAGCUCAACUACCCCAUGGUGGAGUACUGUACGCCGACCACUUCAGGUGAGGACAUGCGUGAUUUCACCAAGGUGCUGAAAAACAAGUUCCGCUCCAAGAAGUACUUUGCCAAGCACCCCCGCUUGGGCUAUUUACCAGUCCAGACUGUUCUUGAUGGAGACAAUAUGGAGAUUCCCGUCACUCUCAUCAGCAUGUGUCCGGAGCAGUAUGAGCUUUCCCAGUCACCCCAGCUCUCUCACGAUGACACUCGUUCCAGGAUAGAGCAGUACGCUAGCAGACUGGCUCAGAUGGAACGUUCCAAUGGUUCUCUGCCCACUGACAGCAGCUCAACUACAGGAAGCAUGGAUGAUGAGCAUGCUCUGAUCCUGCAGUACUGCCAGACCCUAGGGGGGGAGGUGUCUCCCUGCAGCCAGCCCCAGAGCCCCGCCCAGAUCCUACAGGCCGUGGAGAGAGAGGAGCGGGGAGAGCUGGAGCGAAUCAUCCAGCGUCUGGAGGACGAGCAGUGGUACAGGAUAGGUCGUCUUACCAAAAGACCCUGCAGAGGGAGUAUGAGCAGCUGAAGGAGCAGCACGGGGGUCAGCGGGGGCCUGGUUCUGUGGGGCUCUGGGACCCUGAGGGGUCAUCUCACCCCAGGGGUCCUGACGAGGCUGACCUG